UCCAACAACAUCAUCUUUAACACAACAACAACUAAACACAGAAAGAGAUACAGAGAGUCAGCCAUGGCCUUGUCUGCAGUUUUCUCACCAUCAAGGACAUUAACAACAACAUAUGUUCAAAUUAGAAUAAAGCCGACUCAUUCUAUUGUAAUCAGAGCUGCUGUUCAAUCGGAAGGAGAGAACGCUGCUCCUCCUCCUCCUGCUGCUGCUAAGACGAAUCCACAGCCCCCAGCAUCCCCUCCUAAGCUGCCGAGAAAACCAGUUUACUCGAUGAAGAAAGGUCAAAUAGUGAGAGUAGACAAGGAGAAGUACCUUAAUAGCAUUAAUUACUUAUCUGUCGGGCAUCCAAUUUACUUCAAAGGCUUGGAUUACAUAUAUGAAGAUCGUGGUGAGAUUCUUGACCUUCGAAAUUUCGACACUGGAGAAUAUGCACUUAUAUCUUGGGUAGGUAUUCCAACUGCCCCGGCUUGGCUUCCCACAGACAUGUUAAUCAAGUCUGAUAAGCUUGACUACACCAGGAUUUGAAAGAAGAAUAAAAUGUUAAUAGUAACAUUUAUUAUGUAAACAAUUUUGCUUUUGUAAUUGUAAACUGUGUACUAUUAAAUUAUUUGAUUUGGUUAUUUCAGUAA